GACAGUUGUGAGCAGACCUUGUUCAGGCGUAUACGUACAUUACAGCAGACUCCAUCACCAACCAUGUUGCUGCUGGCUUUUGUUGUGGCAUUCUUUGCGGCAGUCUCAUCUCAGCAAGCUCCCUGUGUGAGCGGUCAAGCGGGGUGUGCUGAUGUCUCCGCCAAUUCUGUGCAGAACGACCUAUGACCCCAGAACAAGACGCCCGGCUGGACGCCACACUCCAGUCCACCCAACAGAGGGUAAACGGCAAACGGAAACAUAGGUUUAACCGGCUGCACAGUGCGUUCGGUUCCAAUGGCUUCUUCAAGGACUUCUUCAACUCAGCCUUCAGCGGAGACUCUGGCAAGAAAUGAUCCAUUAUAUCUAUGAUUGUAAGGGUCUAAUAUCAUAUUACUUCGCACUUUGUUCUUUUUUUUUGACCGCAGAUAACAGCGUGACUUUAACAGGCAUGUCUGAUUUUUUGGUAAUAACAUAAGGUUGUUUAUCGAUAAACCACACAGAAAAAUUCACCUAAUAAUAACAAUAACAAUAAAAACAAACAAACAAACAAAACCCCCACCAAAAAACUGCUCAGUAUGGAUGCAUGCUAUGUGGUGUACAACAGCUUUGCUAACGUUGUCGUUACUUCAACUUGCAUGUGUGAAGUUUGGCCUUAAUAAAAGCGGUUCUACCACAGGAGAA